AUGGCUGAGCAACAGGGCGGGCUGUCCGAUCUUGGAAGCAGGGUCAGUGGACGAAGCACACGGAGGAGGGAGGAGAGUCCACAUGACGCUUAGGAGUCCAUCAACUUCCACGGAGGAUCCCAUUCGUACAAGAGCCAAGGUCUGAAAACAACACAUGACUCCCGUCCUGAGGCCGUCCUGAGGCUCAGGCUGACGGAGUGGCAGAUGGAGCUGCCGAAUAUCGUCCUCAGCGUUCACGGGGGCAAUCAGAACUUCGACCUGCAUCCUCGGAUCAAAACAGGUGGUGGGGGAAAGGCCUGGAUCAAAGCUGGCUGUCACCACGGGGCCUGGAUCCUGACCGGGGGGGUCCACACAGGUGUUGCCAAACAUGUGGGUGACGCUCUUACGUAACUAUUUGUCCGAUCGCUCGGAAAUCUGUAACGGUGGGAAUCCGCACCCUGGGGGGUGAUCGAAAACAGGAACGACCUCAAUCGGAAGAUCGUUGUAGCGCCGUACCAAACCCUGCUGAAUCCUCUCAGUAAACUCAACGUGCUGAACACUGCCACUCUCAUUUCAUUCCUGGUGGAUGAUGCAUUCGGAAAUAUGUAGAUGAGCUGAGUCAAACUCAGGAGAGAGCUGGAGAAACACUUGAACCUGCAGAGAAAUCCACGCCUUGGUCAGGGGGCGUCCGGUGUGGCGCUGAUCUUCGAAGGCGGUUCCAACGUGAUCCUGACGUGCUGGUAAUCUUCGGAGAAUUCCGCCGUGCCGGUGGUGGUGUGUGAGGGAACCGGACGCGCCGCUGAUAUACUGGCAUACGUACACAAGCAGACGGAGCAGGACGGGUAUCUCACACACACACACACACGCGACAUCAUUGCGACAAUCAAGAAAACGGUUAACUUCAGCCAGAGUGACGCGCUGCACCUCUUCCAGAUGAUGGAGUGCAUGCAGAACAACGAGCGGUCGUUCAGGACGACACCGGCAGCAGCGUUCACCCGAUCCUUCAGCAUUCCAGCAGAUAAAAAGAGAAAGACGCGACACAAUCACUUCAUCAACACGGCGCAGGAAACCCCUACCAACCAUGCUGAAUCUGUCUCAGCGCACAAGAAGAGAAGAGUAAGGAGAGUUGGGGACCAUCGACGAUCCGGAGACACACGCAGGUUCCCCGACCCCUUCAACAGCUGCUGGUGUGGGCCGUGCUGUAUGACGCGGCAAGAAAUGUCUCUUUCUUCCUGGCAGCACUUCGAGGAGUCCUGGCCAAGCUUGGUGGCCUGCAAACUGCUGCGCUCCAUUGGUACUAGGCCAAGAAGUGACGACGUGGUGGACGACACUUCCAGGAGCUAAGAGUACUCCAGUGAAUUUUGGCACGCUGGCGUGGAUCUGCUGGAGCAGUCGUUCAGGCAGGACGAGACCAUGGCCAUGAAGCUGCUGACCUACCAGCUGAAGAACUGGAGCAACUCCACCUGUCUGAAGCUGGCCGUGUGUCAGCCCGCCGUUCGUGGCUCACACCUGCACAGAUGCUGCCUCGGACAUGGAUGGGCCCUGAACAUGCGCAAGAACUCCUGGUACAAGGUGAUCCUGAGCAUCCUGGUUCCUCCUGCCAUCCUCCUGCUGGAGUACAAGACCAAAGCGGAGAUGUCCCACAUUCCCCAGUCGCAGGACGCUCAUCAGAGCAUGGAGGACAGCGAGCACAGCCUGCAGAAGCCUGACGACAUCCCCAUGCGUGUGUUUUUGAAAGUCCGUCCCAAUGAGAACGCAGAGGUGAAGAGUGAGACGGAGGUGCACGUGCGUUCCCGCCGGUUACCCAUCACAUCGCAAGUUCUCGCCUUCUACCAGCCUCAUCGCAAGUUCUGGUUCAACACGCUCUUUUAUAUCGGUUUCCUGUGCUGUUAUUCAUACGUGGUGCUGGUGAAAAUGGAAUCGUUUCCGUCUCCUCAGGAGUGGGUCGUCAUUGUUUGCAUCUUCACGCUGGCGGUGGAGAAGAUUCGAGAGAUGUUCAUGUCUGAAGGAGGCAAAAUCAGUCAGAAGAUUAAAGUCUGGUUCAGCGACUACUUUCAACGUUUUGAUGUCCUGGCCAUCAUGAUGUUCUUCGUGGGCUUCGGCCCUGCGCUUCGCAGUAAAGUAUACAUGCAGGUGAAAGUCAUAUCCAACCUGGUGUGGAAACUACCAGCUCUAAGAAAAAACUAUCACUUCAUACAAAAUGCGUACCACGACAAGCCAGUCCUGCCGCCAGCCACGAUAGAUUAUGCUCAGGCCACGCCGCGUCUCCUGCUGUCCUCCGUAUGCAGUAAGAAUAAGAAGGACAGCAGCACCUACGGACCAACCUCUUCCUUACCGAGGAGGAACCAGAAGAAGCUGCACGACUUCGAGGAGCAGUGCGUUGAGACGUACUUCCACGAGAAAGACAAUCAGUUUCACUCCGGGAGUGAAGAGAGAAUCAGACUCACGUCCGACAGGGUGGAAACGAUGUGUGUGCAGCUGAAGGAGGUUGGAAACAAGGUGAACUUCAUCAAGCGCUCUCAUUUGCACACGCUGGAUUCUCAAAUCGCACACCUGCAGGACCUGUCGGCGCUGACGGGGGAGCACACUAGGGCGCUGACCGCGCAGCGAAGCGUCACAAGGAUGACCCCGAGGGGUUCAGAAGAAGAUGAUUCUCUGGUUUUGGCUCAAUCCGGUGUGGUUUCUGCAGGCGGCCGGCGCAGGGGUCACAUGCGGCCGACGGUGAGCUCAUUACGCCGAGACUUCACCGAGUUCGACAGAAACCCUUCGUUCCUGCAUCCAGAGUCCAGAGAGCUCUCCCAACAGCAUCACAACAGCAAUGUCAUCGUGGGCGCAGCGAGAGGGCUCUGUGCUAAGAUAUCGAGUUCCUCAGUAAGGAGGCGAUGGGAGAGGUCUGCGGCGGGCGCAGGUGAAGGUGCUCCUGCACCUGGUCCGAGUACGACAUCCUCAAGCCUGGACACAUGUACAUCGUCAAGUCCUUCAUGCCCGAUGGUGGUCAACACCUGGCAGAGCAUUUACAGAGAGGACACAGUCUGCACCUCUGUCUCGGUCCGAAUGGCUCGCUGGGUUUCUGCUGCUUACAGCAGUGAAGGUGCGCUUUAUGGGUCCUUCCCCCAUCACAGGGGUGAGCAGUGUGGGGCUGCUCAGUCGCCAGUGGAAGCUGCCGAAAAAGACUCGCUGCCUACAUCCCGCAGUCCUAGCGACCACAUCACCUCCAUUGCCGCCUGUGUGCAUAGUUUGGGCAAAAUUUUAAAUGGCACGUCAUGCCGAAAAGGUUGCCGACCCCUGGGGGGGUUUGCCCUUCUUCAUCCGCCUUCCCAGCCGUUGUGGUGGUUCUCACACCACCAUCUUCCGUCUGCGCCGCCGUUGGGGUCUUUGCUAUUUGCCCAUAGUUGGGACUAUUUACCCAUAGCUGGGAGACACACACACACACACACACACACACACACACACACACACACACACACAGUGGAGGGUGUUUCUGAGAGGGGAGUGUGUCUCUGCAGGUUUCUGGAGGUCUUCCUGCUCUACUGUCACUCUGCCGGUCAGUGGUUUGCCAUCGAGGAGUGCAUCACUGGAGACUUCCGCAAGUUUAACAACAACAACGGGGAUGAAAUCGUCCCGACCAACCUUCUGGAGGAAACCAUGCUGGCCUUCAGCCACUGGACGUACGAAUACACACGAGGAGAGCUGCUGGUGCUGGACCUGCAGGGGGUCGGUGAGAUACUGACAGAUCCGUCAGUCAUUAAGAGCGGAGAGAAAGGGUCUUAUGAUAUGAUAUUCGGCCCUGCGAAUCUUGGAGAUGAUGCCAUUCGAAACUUCCGCGCCAAGCAUCACUGCAACUCGUGCUGCAGGAAACUCAAGCUUCCCGGUGAGUUCACUCCUGAUAAACUGACGCUGCAGCACGACUCCUCCGAGGGCCCGUCCCACUCGCCGCCUGCAGGGGGCGCCACUAAAGAACCGCGUCCCUCGAUGCGCUUAAUGCUGUGAGCCGCGCACACACUCGCAUCACUGAAAACACUUCAAGACAGAAACUACGUCACUGUGUGUGUGUGGAGGAGACGUUCAUACGAACGCGUCGCCUCUGAACAGAUGCAAUCUAGAGAUGUUUUAAUAAGUCACAUUUUAUCCUGUACAAUCAUAACAGGGAGUAUGAGCUUUUAAAAGUAUUUUUUUAACAUUUUUAUGUCUGUAUGAAUCUAUAAAGUGGUUAAUAACUGGUACAAUAUCACUGUAUAGAGUUAAAUAUUUAUUCUAAACUACAACAAGUUGCCUUGUAUAAAAUAAAAGCAAUUUUACAUGUGAUGUCUGUCAGUUUUUGGAAAGAACUCUUGCUCAUUAUACUGUUAUCAGAUUUUGUACAGAGCUGUAUGCCAAGAGAAUGUUUCUAUGUACAGAGCUGUAUGAAUGCAGUUAUGGUUCAGACUCGCUGUGUUUGAAUCUGGACGACAGCGCAGUGUGUGUGAUUUCACUGAAACCAGUCCUUCAUAAUGUUACAGCGGUACUGCCGUCAGAGUAUCGUGUGUAGUGUUUAAUG